ACUUAGUGUCAAACACUCUAACCUGAACAGAAGGUCUCAACAAUAAGAGGGGGACUAGCAAGAAGACUCUCAAGGGAAGGACAACUUCAUGAAAGCUCAGGUGAAGUGAAACCAAACUCAUCCUUUGUCUUGACGAUUUGAUUUCUCUUGUUUUUGUUUGUGCAAUUCCCUAUGGAUUCUUCUUUGGUCGUUGGUCUUUUUUGUUUUUGUCUGUGGGUCGAUGUGAUUUUAUCAAUUCUUGUCUUUCAAGUGUUUGUUGAAAUGCCUCAAUGGGAAAAUGUAAGGUUUUUCAGGGAAUCCAUUAAUGGGUUCUGCUCAACCCAAGGAUUCAAGUAACCCUAUAACUUCAGCUCCGAAUAGGGCUGCAGUAAAAUUGCUUAAGUCUCUCUUCAUUGGGUUAUGCGUUGUGCUAGAGUUUCCAAAGAGAUGAUCUUUCAUUUCUCUUUUGCAACCUCUUGUUAUCAAUCUAUGGGAUAUUAAGGUUAUUCUCCAUUUUCAUUCCGGAAAGAAAUUAACCAGUUAGUGUUGUUCCCAUUGAUCCAGCAACUUCAGAACUAUGUCACGGUUUAGAUCAUUGUGGCAAGCCUCGGUGAAUGCAACAAAGAAGGGUAUUUCUCCAUUUUCUUCAAUUACCAUGUUCAACACUUUCUUGUAACUUAGUGAAUUUCUUGCUAUAGGUGUGCUAUACUUAUUCUUGUUUGUAAUCAUAAUCAAGUGCGUUUGAUUGGAAAGUAACGAUUUUGUUUCAAGACUAAUCUCUAUGGGGAUGAAAUUUUCUCACCUUUCUACUUUGCAUACUUUUUAGCUAGUCUCUAACAUAUUUUCACAAUGUACAUACUGUAUAUAGCUCUAACGUGGGAACUCGAAGAAUGGGUACCCCCUGUAGAGAAGUGUAUAUUCAAGUUCAAUUCAAAAGAAGACCUUAAGACAUGGCACCUAUACUCUGAUUCUGAAUAUGGAGGAUUAUCUUCGGCUUCGUUGGAAAUUAAAGAUGGAGGAAAUCGAUCAGAUUGCAAUGGUGUUUUCUCUGGGAACCUCUCUACGGAUAUGAGGGAAGGUUCAAAAUGGAAUAUCAAUCGGAGUGGUUUCUGUGGAAUGCGGUCAAAGAAGUUUGAUGGCUUUAUUGAUCUCGAAGGGUAUGAUUCCAUAGCCCUGAGGCUCAAAGGAGAUGGAAGGUGCUAUAUUUCUACUAUAUAUACUGAGAACUGGGUGAACUCGCCAGGACAAGCAGAAGACAACUCAUGGCAGGCUUUUGUUUUUGCUCCAAAGGGAAACUGGUAUACAGCUAAGGUUCCUCUUACUCGCUACUUACCAACAUGGAAAGGAAACGUGAUAGAUGCAGAAAUGGAGAUGAAUCCAGGUCAUGUUGUUGGUAUGUCUCUAUCCGUUAACGCACAAGGAGGUGGUUUCAUUGGAGCUAAAUCAGGCGCAGGCGAUUUCCAAGUCGAAAUUGACUGGAUCAAAGCAGUGAGGAUGCCAUGAACGAUGAUGAAAAAAGCUUUCUGAUGAACAAAUUGAGAACCAUAAAAAAGAUUGUUGUUCUCUGGGUUUAAUUGUAAAACCGGGAUUUGGGUUAACCGGAUCCAAGUUGAUGAACAAAAACGCUUAUGAAUUGACUUAAAGCAAGUUGAUGGACAGCAACUUGAAAAGAAAAAUGGGCCAGAAUGGCAAGUUGCUCAAUUUAUUUACCUUAAAGUGAC